AUGCUUUCCUUGUUGAGUCUUUUGACAUUUUUAUUCUUUUCCUUCUCUUUGGCCAUUCCUGUGCCUGGCACUUUGAACGCCAAACCAACAACAACGACUACUACGACCACCACCACUACUACAGCAGUCAACGACAAUGAUCUCGUUAUGAUCCGUGAUACCAUUGAAGGAUUUUACGAAACGAUUGUCGACGAGGUGUUGAGCACACACACAGAGAACCUGCUUGUGCAGUUGACUCAUUCAUCUGCUGGUCGUCGUAUGCAUUUGCUUCAAUCACAAGCUAUGCAAUUGUCCGAUAGACCUAUCCCUGGCACCUGUGUAGCCAAGCUUGGUAGUAACAUUGGUCGCAGAAUUCAUGAGCAGAACGCUCUUGUCUUUGGCUCAAUUCAAACAGUUGUGUCCGAAACCCUCCCCGCUGUAUGGCCCGAUUAUCCUACCAAUGACGUGGGUCGUCAUCGUAUGGUCAAUCAGCAACAACAACUAUUGGAACAAGAUGACGCUAUUGAUGAUUCAUCCAUGGUGGCUCAACACGAGGUCGCUUCGGCCUUGUAUUCACUCAACAUGGCUGUCAGUUAUCAUUUGCUCAACGUUUACGACGAGUUUGAUCUUGAAAAUGAAUUACGCCAAGACUUGGCUGCUUGCGUCGAACAACAACAACAACAACUUGAUAUCAAACAACUCGAACAAAAAGAGGAUGAAGGUAUAAUCGCAUACCUCAGCGGUCUUGCAUCUCGUGUCUUGCAACGAUUUGUGCAGCUCAAUCAUGGUUGCCCUGGUGCUGCUUUCCUAAAAUCGCAUAUGCAAGCGGUGCGUAUUGAUUUGCAAACCGAACUUGAAGCCCGUGUAGGCGACUUGGUCACCAUUCUUUACAAUGAUCUCUACGACCAAGCUGCAUUCUAA